AAUUUAUCAAUUAUUUUCUAUAAAUCACAAAAAUAGGGUUUGCCGUUUCCGUUUACGUUAUAUGUCGUCUUCUCAAUUUCUUCUUCUUCUUCUCUGGUCUCUCUAAUUUUUGUUCACACUUUGAAAUUUACGACACUUUAAAGAAACUCUGAUCGUCGUACGUACGUCUCCUGUUUUUUAGGGUUUCGUGCAUCUCAAGCUUCCCUAAUCAAUGUCUGAAUCAUCGGAGAAGCAGCAGAUCCUCACCGAGAAGGAACUCCAACGGAAGAAAAAGAAUGAAGACAAGGUUCGAGAAAAGGAAAUAAAGGAGCAAAAAGCUUUGGAGAAAGCAAAAUUAGCUGAAGAACUUAAGGCAAAACAAGAACAAGAUGGAACCAAAUCUUCUAAAAAGAGUACAAAGAAGAGUGCUAAAAGAUUUGAUUCAGAAGAGAAUCCUGAGGAUUUUGUUGAUCCAGAGACUCCUCUUGGUGAGAAGAAAAAGUUAUCUCCACUUAUGGCUAAACAAUACAGUCCUGACGCUGUUGAAAAAUCAUGGUGUGAAUGGUGGGAGCAAUCUGGCUUUUUUAAGGCUGAUGCUAAGAGUUCCAAACCAGCUUUUGUUAUUAUUCUGCCUCCUCCAAAUGUGACUGGAAUUUUGCAUACUGGGCACGCAUUAACAUCAGCCAUAGAGGACACGAUUAUUCGUUGGAAGAGAAUGUCUGGUUUUAAUGCGUUGUGGGUUCCCGCUACUGACCAUGCCGGUAUAGCUACACAGGUUGUGGUUGAGAAAGAGAUCAUGGCUAAAAGAGGAUUGAGUAGACAUGACCUUGGCCGAGAAGAAUUCGUUAAGGAAGUAUGGACGUGGAAGAACCAGUCUGGUGAUACAAUCAUGACACAACUACGGCGUUUAGGUGCUUCUCUUGAUUGGUCUCGUGAGUGUUUUACAAUGGAUGAGCAAAGAUCAAAAGCUGUCACUGAGGCUUUUGUUCGGUUAUACAAGGAAGGGCUUAUCUAUAGAGAUAAUAGGAUUGUUAAUUGGGAUUGUAGUUUAAGAUCAGCCAUAUCUAAAGAUGAGGUUACUCCUAUUGAGAUCAAAGGAAGGACACUGUUAGAAGUACCUGGAUAUGAGAAGCUAGUGGAAUUUGGUUUUCUUACUUCAUUUGCUUACCUUCUCGAGGAUGGUUCGGGAGAGGUUGUUGUAGCCACCACGAGAGUGGAAACAAUGCUUGGUGAUACUGCCAUUGCGUACAAGCAUCUUCACGGAAAGUUUGUGGUGCAUCCGUUUAUUAGUGGACGGAAGUUACCAGUUAUCUGCGAUGAAGAUCUCGUUGAUCAAAACUAUGGUACUGCUUGUGUUAAGAUUACUCCUGCUAUGCAUGAUCUUGAUGAUUUCGAUGUCGGAAAGCGCCACAAUCUUGAAUUUAUAAACAUAUUCACUGAUGAUGGAAAGAUCAAUACAAAUGGCGGGCCUGAGUUCGCGGGAAUGCCACGCUUUACGGCCCGUGAAGCGGUUGUUGAAGCUCUGAAGAAGAAGGGAUUGUACAGAGGUGCCGAAAACAACGCAAUGGAACUUAAACGUUGUUCAAGAACUAAAGAUGUUAUUGAGCCUAUGAUAAAGCCUCAGUGGUACGUGAAUUGUCAUGUGAUGGGAAAGGAAGCUCUUGAUGUUGCUAUCAAUGAUGAAAACAAGAAGCUAGAGUUUAUACAAAAGCAGUACACAGCAGAAUGGAGAAGAUGGCUAGAGAAGAUACAUGACUGGUGCAUUUCGAGACAGCUUUGGUGGGGACAUAGAAUACCAGCAUGGUAUGCAACUCUAGAAGAAGAUCAAAUUAAAGAUUUUGGUUCUUACAAUGACCAUUGGAUCGUUGCUAGAAACGAGAAAGAAGCUCAAAAAGAAGUUGAACAUAGAUUUGUCGGGAAGAAAUGCGAGCUCUCUCAAGAUCCUGAUGUGCUUGACACAUGGUUUUCUUCAGGGCUCUCUUCGUUAUCGAAUUUGGGAUGGCCAGAUGAAACUGAUGAGUUAAAAGCUUUCUAUCCAACUUCUGUUCUUGAAACUGGUCAUGGCAUUCUCUUCUUUUGGGUUGCUCGCAUGGUUAUGCUAUGUAUGCAACUUUCUGGUGAUGUUCCCUUUAGCAAGGUUUAUAUGCAUCCUAUGGUAUGUGAUGCACAUGGACGAAAGGUGUCAAAGUCUCUUGGAAAUGGCAUUGAUCCGCUUGAAGUCAUUAAAGGUGAAACUAUUGCGGGUCUUCAUAGGAGGUUAGAGACCAGUAUCUUAGAUCCAAAGAAGCUUGUUGCUGCUAAAGAAGGACAUGCCAAGGAUUUUCCAAAUGGUAUCCCUGAAUGUGGUUCCGAUGCUCUUCGAUUUGCACUUGUAUCCUACACAGCUCAGUCUGAUAGAAUAAAUAUGGAUAUCCUCCGAGUGAUUGGUUACCGUGAAUGGUGUAAUAAGCUCUGGAAUGCGGUGAGAUUUGCGAUGCUGAAGCUUGGUGAUGGUUAUACACCUUUGCUAACUCUAUGUCCUGAAACCAUGCCAUUGAGCUGCCAAUGGAUUCUUUCGUCACUAAAUAAGGUGAUAUCAAAGACGGUUGAUUCGUUGAAUGCUUACGAGUUUUCGAAUGCAGCCAACGCGGUAUACGCUUGGUGGCAAUACCAACUUUGUGAUGUAUACAUUGAAGCAAUCAAGCCUUAUUUUAACAAACCAGAAUAUUCUUUAGAGAGGACUCAUGCACAACAUGCUCUAUGGGUUUGUCUAGAGACUGGUUUGAGAUUGCUUCACCCGUUUCUGCCUUUUGUAACCGAAGAGCUUUGGCAACGAUUACCUUGGCCUAAAGAUUGUGAACGGAAAGCGUCUAUCAUGAUAUGUGACUACCCAUCUCCCAUUGAGAACUGGAGAAACGAAAAGGCGGAAACCGAAAUGGACAUGAUUCUGAUGACUGUGAAAUAUCUCAGAGCAAAGAGAGCAGAGUUGUUAGAGAAACAGAGAAAAGAAAGGUUGCAUGCAUUUGCUCUGUGUGAAAACGAGUUAAUGUUAAAGAUUGUACAGACCCAUGAGUUAGAGAUCACAACCCUUGCAAAUCUCUCAUCCUUAGAGGUUGAACUAAAAGGAGGAGAAGAACAAGCAGCCUUAUUAGCUAGAACAGCCUUUGAAACGAUUAACGAGAACCUCAAGGUUUAUAUCAAAGUGGAUGAAGCCAUUGAUGCAGAAGCUGAAAGUGAAAAGAUCAGAAACAAGAUUGAGGAGCUGCAGAAACAAAAGGAGAAGAUGGAGAAGAUUAUGGGCGCUAGUGAGUACGAAGAGAAAGUACCUGCCAACAUUAAGGAAGACAACACCACGAAGCUCGCCAAACUUCUUCAAGAAUUCGACUUUUUCAACAAUAUUUAUUCAAAGACCCUUAUUAGAAUGUCCCACAUUGCUUGGGAUUAA